AUGCCGAGUAAGAAAGCCAUGAAGUGCGCAAUGACUGGCAAGACUACGAAGAAGAUGGCGAUGCUGAAGAAAAAGAAGGCAAAGACGGUAAAGUUCAAAGCAGGGACUGCAAAGAUUGAAACAUCAGUUUCAAAGCGCAGCGAAUUUACGGGAGCUGCUUUGGAAGCAUCCGCGAAAGUUGGUGCUCCCGUGGGCGGUCUGAUCGCGCAAACAUGUGAAGCAGCGCAUGCUGGAGCUCCCGCAGCCCAAAAGUUGCGGCCGAUCUGGGAAGGGGCGCUUCGGAGGACCUACGGCAACACGAAGGCCGUGUCUGCGUGGGUUUCGGAAGCGUGUCUACGGGGCAAGCCCAGCUGUUGGCACUUGGCUAAGGCAUUGCACAGCAUGUAUGACAACAACCAGAUGCCAGAGGAUGACGAUGGUUCUUCAAACAUGGUUGCCUUUUUGCCGACGGUGGACUUCGACGCUGCAGGCUUUCCGAAACCAGACGAGUGUGACCAUCCCUUUUUCGCCUACAUCCUUUGUCGCGGAGAUGCUGCUCGGGAGAUUGUAGGUGACUUCGUUGCGGCUGUUUGCCGGAAGCUUGGGCUGACCAAGGUCAGCGGCGGCGUCUACAAAACCGGAGACUAUCUCAGCAUCGUGAAGAAGUUCCCGAAACAGUUGGAGGAAGCUGCUGAAAAUUUGCGGACACAUGAGUUCGACUACGAGAAGGACGAGCCACUGACCCUCGUUGACCGUGUCGGAAAUAAAAGGAAGGCAGCCUACAACUGUAUCACGAAAGCAACCGUGGUGGAUGAGGUCAAGAGACUGGCGAACAUGGCGGAUGUCGAUGUCAGUCACAGAGCCGCACCUGAUUGGUGCUCAGCUGGCUCCCGCAAGUAUUUCAAGCUGAGUAUCCAUGGAGUUGUGCACUGGUUCAAUCUGCGAAUUCGGGCUUGUCAGGCCAUCUUGGGCAGCAGUGAUGCAUCGACCUACAGCAAGGAGGAGAACAUUGCCAUCUUCGGUUGCCGCUGCUUCAUCUACGUUGGCAGCAUGUGUCACAUGUUCAUCCGAGAGAUCCGCCUCUUCGUGAACGACUGGCGACAUGGAUCCUGGGAGAGGCUCUUCAAUAAGAUCCCGAUCCCAGAGUUCCUUUGCAGUGGCCAAGAAGUCGGCAACAUGCUUCUCCUCUGGAUGUUGAUAUUCAUGUGCAUCCAGGAGCCCAUCUGGUGGUGCAUCCCUGACACCUACGGAGACUACCCCGGGUCGGGGCUCUUCAACACUGCCUGUGCUGCGGGCCAGCAACACAAAGAGGUUUACGCAGCAUUCUCUUGUGCAGCCAUGCUCCUGUACUGUGUACUGAUCCUGGAUCUCAGUAUCGUCUCUAUGCGGAUUUCUGCUUUCGUCCUGGUUUGUGGACGGGUCAUCGCCGAGGUGGGACUUUUCUUGAUGGCUGCCAUUUUCCUCAUCCUGGCUUUUGCUUUGGGCAUUAGCGCCCUCGACAGGCAGAGCCCGAGCUUCGAAGGCAUCGGCAAUGCAGCCUUCUCUCUCUUCGCCAUGACGCUGGGGCUCUAUCCCAGCGAAAACCUCGGGGAGCUCAAGGACACUGUAGGGGUGCUGAUCACGGUAUCCGUGUUCACCAUCCUGAUAGCGAUCUUCUUGCUGAACCUCCUCGUCGCCCAGCUGAACCAGGCCUACCAGCUCAUCUUCCCGGACAUGCAGGGCUAUGCACGUCUGAACCGAGCUUCGGUGAUAGUGUCCACUGUGACUCAAGUGUCGCAGAGAAGAUGGUCUCGGUUCUUGGAGAGCCUGAACUUGGAUGAGCGCCUGGAGUUUAACGAGGGCGACGUCGGGCUUGCAGGUGGCAUCCAGGUCAUGGAGCCCUCUUGGGCGAACCCAACUACGGUGGACUCCAUCCGCCGGUUUGGUGGCUCCACGUCACCGACCAUGCCUUGGCCAGAGGAUGAGAAGAUGUACAGCGAGGAGGACCGCUUUGAGCGCUUAGAGAAGCUGAUGAUCCGAGCGACGAAGGGCUCCAAGAAGAAGGCUACUCGCCUAAGCGCUCUCAGUAGCGGCGGCGCUUCCAACAGCAGCG